GUCUAAAACUGCCCUAAGGCUUAGCGCUAGUCUGCAUCUGAUUAGCUUGGUUCCGAGGUGAGCCUGCGGGUCAGCUAGGGUCAACUCAAAUCAAAGGCGGGCCUUGGGGUCUCGCCAAGACUAAAAAUCUUGACUAGGAGGCUAGACCGUUUACGAUGUUAGGCAAGUUGCAGUUCAACAAGCUGCAACCUGCAAGCGUGUGCUGUGUUUGCCAGUGUACCUAGUUGUGGGUUGUGGAACCGAACCUGAUCAAGCCACCGUGGCUUGUUAAAACUGUAAAAGCGAUUAAAGCAAAACCACUAUCCCGAAUAAGGAAGCACUAGACAGCUAAACGCUUAGGAACCGCCACAUCGAUGACGUUCCCUAUUGGACAUACACCAUCCACCUAUGCAAUAGUUGAGCUCCCAUUGAAGCCUGAUUAAAGACGAUGCUUUGACUUGACCGACUCGUGCUCCUAGAAUUCUUCUUCUUUACCUUCACCCUAACUGCCGGUUCAGUACCUUUUACCAUUACGAUUUCAAACUUUCAAGAUGGCCAAUCGAUCUCCUCCAGACUACUACAGGAUCCUCGAGGUCUCCGAAACUGCAACGACCCAACAGAUCCGCGAUGCCUACAAACGAGCGGCUCUCAAAACCCACCCAGAUAGGGUGUCCGCCAACUCCCCCGACCGCGCGGCCCGCACCCGCAAGUUCCAGCUCGUGAACGACGCCUACUACACGCUCUCGGACCCGACCCGGCGGCGCGAGUACGACUACACGCGGAAAGCGGACCGGGGCCGCCGGGGCGGGCGAGCCUCGUACUCGGACCCGUUCGACGACCCCGCAGACUCCGUCCCGCCCCAAAAUGGCGGGAACGGCAACGGCAAUGGCAACGGCGGUGCGCAGAGCACGUACUCGUGGGCGUGGAACUUCUUCACGGGAGGGAACACAAACACGCAGCAGAGCGCGCGGGCGGAACGCCAGCAGGCCGAGGACGCGCAGUUCGGCGACGUGUUCGAGGAGAUGCUGCGCGAGGAGGGGAUGGCGGGCGAGGAGGCCACGCGCCGCGACACGACUUUCUGGAGCAUGAUGGGCACGGCGAGCGGGAGCGUUAUCGGGUUCAUCGUCGGCAAUAUGCCGGGGGCGGUCGCCGGGGCCGUGGCGGGAAACAGGUUGGGCGCGGUGCGGGACGCGAAGGGGAAGAGCGUUUAUGCGGUUUUUCAGGACUUGCCGCAGGAUGAUCGCGCGAGGCUGUUGGCGCAACUUGCUACGAGGGUGUUUAGUCACGCUGUGGGGAUCUGAGGGGUGAAGGUGCGGUUGGCAUGGUAUUAUGAAGCAUCACGAUACACCUUUUACCUACUUGAAUGGAACGAGGAUGGUGGGAUGAUGGGGAACGAGGAUGGUGGGAUGAUGGGGGAGACGAAGGGAGAAUAUGAAUAGACUGCAUUCUUAAGGGGGUCCGUGCGUGGAGUUAAGGCUUCUGCUUUUUAA